AUGAAGAAACCUGGAAACUCCUUUGCUAAACAUGAGGAUCUGAGACUUAAAGCCAACCGUUGGCCUCUCGAAGAUGCAGCGACCUUACAAAACGAUGAUCUCCCAGGUAGCCCCCAGAUCUCUACUAAAGACAAGAGAAGACAAGACACAAAGUUCUAUAAAAUCUCAUUGAACCUGAAUUUUCAAUCUACGGGCAAAGGAAAGAGAGAAACAGAACAAGAUCCAUUCAGCGACCAAAAACCGUGGGGACAGAGACCGCUGAGAGACAUGAACGGUCAUAAAAUCGGAGUAGCAGGCAUAAACUAUCAUAUGAUUGAACCAGGUUUGACAGAUGUGAUAUCGAAUGUGAAAUUAGUGUAUGAUGUGGUCCGUCGUCGUCCUGUGCGACUGAUGGCUACGUCGCGGGGACUGUUUAUCCCAGUUUCUUUCGCGUCUAUACUCUAUUGCCUUGUUUGUCUUACAGAGACUCUUUGGGAACCCUUUGACGCCAUGUCGUCUUUAGGUUGCGACCAGGGCUGA